CACCCCUCCGUCAAAACAAACCUUUUCAAUAAUGUUUGCUAGUUAAAAGACAGUUGCUUGUAUUUAUUUUAUAGUAUGAUUCAGUUGUUGAUUGCAGAUAGCGAAAAUUGAUAAGAAGGGAUAACAACUUAGUACAUUAUGAAUUGAUAACUUUUAAAUCACCCAUAUUAAAAGCAACCGGCAUCUUAAAAGCAAGCAGUAAAAUAUAAGUAUUUCGCGUGAUUUUAAUUUAAUUUUUUGUUUUUACGUAACGCAGUUAGAUCGAUAAAGAAGAGGAGGAAAUAGUGAAGAAAAUAAUAUUCUUACACAUCAUACAGAGUACCUAUGAAAAACAAUUCUAUUGUACGUCUACAAAAAACUCAAAAAGCGACCAAAAUUUUCUAAUGCAAAGACUCUUUCAAACACUGUUGUAGCGUAUUUCCAGCAAUUUAUUAUACCCAUUAUAAAGAUUCAUAUUUUAGCAGUAAAACAAGAGUAUCAUGUCUGUAUCACCAUCCUGUGUCCUCUCAGUAGAAAAAGCUAAAGCUUCAUUAAGAGAUAUCAUUGCUGCUCUUUCCUUGCCAGAUCAUGCAGCAAGGAUAGCUGAGGCCAAAAACAAUGCUGGUAAUGACAUGAUGAUGUAUAUGCAAUUAGUUUUUCCUCUUGCAACACAAAUCCAACAAGACGUCAUACAAAAUUAUGGUUUUCCUGCUGAUAGAGAAGGAUUAUUAGAAUUCACUCGUAUCAUCAAAAUGUUAGCAAAGGAAAAUGAAGAAAUCGCACAAAUGGAUGAAGAUUUGCGAUCACUGCUUAUACCAUCUAUGGUAUUGCCUUAUCCACAAACAACUUCAAACUAAAACUACAGUACUGUUUUCUUUCUGAAUUAUAUAUGUAUAUUCUGAAUUUUAUCAUAUAAAAUAAAGCCUUCUGUUUUUAUUUGUUAAA